AUGUCUUCCAAUAAAGCCCCAGGAAUUGAUCAAAUUCCCAUUCGCGUAAUAAAAGACUGUCUGACAUCUAUACUGCCUACACUUACAUCUAUUGUCAAUUCCUCACUAGCUACUUCUACCUUUCCCACUGUUUGGAAAAUAGCAGAAAUAACACCCAUUCCUAAAGAUGGAGAUCACGAACAAGCGAUCAAUAAUAGACCUAUUUCAUUAUUACCUGUAUUGUCGAAAGUCUGCGAACGAGCUGCCUAUAAUCAGCUUUCUUCCUAUUUAUUAGAAAAGGAAAGAUUAACGCAACACCAGAGUGGAAAUAAGAAAUGGCACUCCACCGAAACUUCUGUUAUUCAAACUACAGAUGCCAUGCUCAAAGCCAUAGACAAAAGAAGCUUACUGCUACAGUCUUUUUGGACAUGA